AUUCUUUUUCCAUUUUUUAUUCCAAGAUUUACUUGUGUAUGAUACGAAACAAGUAAAUUAAGAAUUAUCGUUCCUUGGAGUCUUUCAGAAUUUGAGUACCCCCUCCCGCUCCCAAGAUGGCACUUCUUCCUGUUGGGCUGUUUUUCAUCCGUCUUCUUGUAAACCAUCAUCCUGCCCUAUCCCAAGGAUGAUUGGGUCUCGUGAAAAGUUGUGUAAAUUGUCCCAAUGGAAAGUGGACCAAAGGGUUCUUGGGGCAUUAAAGGGCACUGGGUUAGAUAAUCUAUAUACUUUAGCAACUAUUGUCGGUAGAAAUGCUCAUGACAAUAGCAUGAUAGAUGCUCUUGUUAGGCAUUAUGAUGUUAGAGAUAGGUGUUUUAAGAUUAAUAAUCAAAAUUUAUUUUUUGGAUUAGAAGAUGUGCUUUUAAUCACAGGCCUUCCAGUAGAAGGGACCCCAGUGAUAAAGACAACAACAAACAUUCAUGCCCUUGAAAACUUGUUAGGGGGAGUGCCUGAAAGUGAGUUGAAGGAUAAAUCAAAUGCGGUGAACCUUAGUUGGUUACAAAAAGAGUUUGAGCAUGUACCUGAAAAUGUAGAUGCCAAUAGAUUUUCCUGUCAUGUUAGAGGAUUUGUCCUCUACAUAUUAGGCACGGUAAUGGUUCCCAGUUUAGAUCAUGUGCACGUGAAUCUGGGCUACUUGGGCUGCAUGUCCGAGAUAGGUGAGAUAAAGAAGUAUGCAUGGGGAGUUGCACUGCUUUCCCAUGUGCACUAUAGUCUAGAGAGUCAUCUUAAAAGAAGGAAAAAAGCUAUUGGCAGCCACUUGUUCUUCUUAAUGGUGUGGGCAUUGGAGCAUAUCCCUGCCUUUGUGAUGGAAUUUUUCGGGCAUGAGUUAGACACCUAUCCCAGCGAGUUCCCGCUGUCUUGUGCUUGGGGAAAAUUGUUUCAUAAUGUGCUUUCUAAUAGGCACAAAGUGAGGGACUUUAAUCGGCACUUGGAGCAUCUUUGGGAAAAUGAAAAUUCGGUUACUUGGCAGCCUUAUAUGAGGCUUGCUGACAACUUCCUCCCUGAAGAGAUUAGGGGGCAGCAGCGGAUGGGAAGCUGCCGGGUGAUUUUGAUUCACCCGAUCCACAGGUGCCCCCUCAUAUUCCAUCGUCCUGAUCUUUGCCCUAGGAAACUUGGGUUUAGAGAGGCCGAUGUGACUGCCUGUUCCCCAAUGCUUUCCGAUCGCACAAGAUUUCGAAGUUGGAAACUUCAUCUAGAAGAGUGGGAGAAGUUGGAGACGUGCUUUGUGAGGAGCCGGUUAGAUCAACAAGAUGGCGGGGGCUUGGUGCCAGAAACAAACCAGAGAGAAGGCGGAGCCAAAUCUGGAGGAUUUCAAAACAUAGAAAGAAUCCAUAUUACAGUACAAGAAUGGUCUGAGGUAGAAAUUACAGCAACAGCAGCAGCUGCUCUAUCUGCAUCUGCAACUCAAGUCGUUGAACGAGCAACAACUCUAAAUGUUCCAUCUGCAUCUAUACCUGUUCCGUCUGCAUCUAUACCUGUUCCAUCUACAUCAGCAACUCAAGAUGUUCCAGAACCAGGAGCACAAGUUCCAUUUGCAUCUGCAACUCAAGACGUUGCAGAACGAGUAGCACCGCCGCCGGUUGGUGAUUCAUCGUCUUCCUUCAUCAAAAACUCUGAAUCCAAAGACAACCCAUUGUUGUCGCCACCACCACCCAAAAUCCCAAUUGUAUGGCCGCUCGACGGAAAGCUCAGCCUUGAAUGGGUUCAAAACCUCAUGUCCACUAUGGAUUGGGCUUCUAGAAAUCUUGACCCAGAGAAAUUUCUGGACGUGUUUCCUAUGGAGGUUUUCGAUAGCUUGGUCGUCAGCGCCUCCAAUAUCCUACACAAAGAGGCAAAUUGCAUUUUCGUCGACCGGUUAGGCCCGGAAUCCACUGUUGUCGUUGUUGGAGACAUUCAUGGUCAGCUGCACGAUCUCCUUUUCCUUCUAGAUGAUGCUGGAUUUCCUUCAGAAAAUCGAUUAUUCAUCUUCAAUGGCGAUUAUGUAGAUAGAGGGGCUUGGGGGAUCGAAACCUUCUUGAUUUUAUUGGCGUGGAAAGUGUUUUUGCCCAAGAGCGUUUAUCUUCUUAGAGGAAAUCAUGAAUCCAAAUACUGCACUUCUGUUUAUGGAUUUGAAAAGGAAGUGUUGACAAAGUAUGGAGACAAGGGGAAACAUGUGUACCGACAAUGUCUCUGGUGCUUUAAGCGUCUCCCCUUGGCAUCCAUUAUCGGGAAAUAUGUUUAUACUGCUCAUGGUGGGCUGUUUCGCAGCAUGGCGGCAUGCCCCAAGAGAUCAAAAAAAAAGAAGAGAAGGAGAAUAGCUUUCGAUCCUGAACUGAGCAGUCCAUUGUCCCUUGGCACGCUUGAAGAAUUAAAGAAGGCUCAAAGAUCAGUUUUGGAUCCUUCAUGUGAAGGUUCGAACUUGAUUCUUGGUGACGUGCUAUGGUCAGAUCCCUCCAUGGAUCCUGGUCUUUCUUUGAAUACAGAGAGAGGCAUUGGUUUGCUUUGGGGCCCUGACUGCACUGAGGAUUUUCUCAAGAAGUCUCAACUCAAGUUGAUUAUUAGAACGCAUGAAGGCCCUGAUGCGCGGGACAAGAUGCAGAGGCCAGGUCUUGAUGGAAUGGAUAACGGGUUCACCAUAGAUCACAUUGUGGAGUCAGGAAAGCUCAUUACUUUGUUUAGUGCUCCAGACUACCCACAAUUUCAGGGGACAGAAGAUAGGUGCAGAAAUAAAGGAGCUUACAUCGUUCUGGAACCCCCAAAUUUUGAUAAUCCUGUUUUUCAUAGCUUUGAAGCAGUCGCUCCAAGACCUCAGGCGAAUCCCUUUUACGAUUUUGAAGAAGUGGCCGAUUCUGAUCAAGAGUUGGACUUCGCAUCGAUGCAGACUAGCCCGUGAAGUCCUCGGUUACCUGGAAAAUUUACCGAGUCGGAGACCGUUGGAGCUUGAUAACAGUGUAUUAAAAGGCGAAGGCGCAUGCGAGGCGUCCUAUGGAUAUCCCCGCCUAGACGUGAGGCGAAGUCUUACAAAACCUAAAUUUUUUAAUAUAUAUGUUGAUGCAAAAAUUAGGAAAGACUUUGGAACAACAUCAAGGGUGAAGUUUGUCACCUUUCUCGGUUGCUCCGGUCACUAGUGAGGAUAAAUAUGUAAAGAGAUAGAGAUAGAGAAGCAAACACAAGAUGCAAUAAAAAGAUUUAAAUAAAAACAUGAUAGAGAUCAA